AUGCACGGGAAGAAUUCCACCACGUGCCUCGAAAGUGGAAAAUGGGAAAUACUCAAGGCGAUUUGCACAAUCAAGGAUUGCCACAGUCCACCAGUCCUGCAAAAUGGCCACUAUAUCGUUUCAAAGACAACCUACAACUCCACUGUCACAUACAAAUGUAACGCUGGUCAUGAAUUGCACGGAAAGAAUUUCAUCACGUGCCUCCAAAAUGGGAAAUGGGAAAUCCCUGUAGCGAUUUGCACAAUCAAGGGUUAUGAAAUGCACGGGAACAAUUCCUCCACGUGCCUCGAAAAUGGGAUAUGGGAAAUACUCGAAGCGAAUUGCACAAACAAGGACUGUCAAGACCCACCAGUACUACAGAAUGGCUUCCACGAUGCAACGACCACGACGUAUAAUUCCACUGUCAUGUACUCGUGCAACCCUGGUUUUAUAAUGUUUGGUGAGAGCUCCAUCACAUGCCUCGACACUGGGAACUGGAGCGAACUGCUUGUCAACUGCACCAUAAAGGAUUGUCAUAGCCCACCAGUCAUGCACAAUGGCAACUUAACGGUCUCAACGACAACCUACAAUUCCACUGCCAUAUACACGUGCUCGUCUGGUUAUGAUAUACAUGGACCUAACUCCAUAAGAUGCCUUGCGACUGGAGACUGGGAUAAACUUGAGGCGAAGUGCACCAUCAAGGACUGUCAAGACCCGCCAGUUCUGCAGAAUGGCUUCCACAACGCAACAACAACAACGUACAAUUCCACUGCCAUAUACUCGUGCAAUCCAGGAUAUACAAAGUUUGGUGAGAACUCAAUCACGUGCCUCGACACUGGGAACUGGAGCAAACUGCUUGUAAACUGCACCAUAAAGGAUUGUGCAACUCCACCGGCGCUGACAAAUGGUGGUUUCACAUCUCAUAACACAAUUUUCAACUCCACAGUAGAAUAUACAUGUAACCACGGAUAUGAAUUAAUUGGAAUGAGCACCAUCCGUUGCCUUGAGACAGGAAACUGGAAUUCACUGGAGACACACUGCACUUUGAAAAAUUGCCAUAGUCCGCCAGUCCUGCAAUAUGGCUACUCCAACGUCUCCAAGACCACCUACAAUUCCACUGUCAUAUACACUUGCUCUUCUGGUUAUGAUAUGCACGGACCUAACUCAAUUACAUGCCUCGAGACCGGAUACUGGGAUAAACUCGAAGCUAAGUGCACCAUCAAAGAUUGUGGAGCUCCACCAGAGCUGACGAAUGGCGAUCGCACAUUUCAUAACACCACCGUCAACUCCACCGUACAGUAUAUGUGCAAUCCAGGAUAUGACCUGAUUGGAAUGAGCACCAUCAGUUGCCUUGAGUCAGGAACCUGGAAUUCACUGGAGGCAAAUUGCACUAUAAAAAACUGUCCAGACCCGCCAGUCCUGCAGCAUGGCUUUCACGCCGCCACAACAACAACGUAUACUUCAACCGUCAAAUACUCGUGCAACCCUGGUUAUACCAUGUUUGGUGAGUGCUCCAUCACGUGCCUCGACACUGGAAACUGGAGCGAACUGCUUGUCAACUGCACAAUAAAGGGUAAGAUUCAUGAAUAA